AUUAUUAUUUUUUUUAAUCUUCCUCCUUUUCCCGUUUUGGAUCUUAACCCUUUGAUCUGUUUCCUUUAAAAGACUCUGAUUCCCAACUCCCAUCAGGGGGAGAGGGAGGAGAAAUAUAGGGAAGGGAAAAAAAAGCCCGAGCGAGUCGCUGCCCUCAGCUGUUGGCCAGGUUUGGUGGGGGACAAAAGUCCCUUUAAAAUAUUGAAUGUCAGUUGCAAACCUAAGAAAAGAAAAAUCUGAUCCGGAGCGCUAAAUUUAGGAGCUUUAUAUGGAACUUGGACUCUGCUGCUGGAUUUUGUAUGGAUUUUUUUCAACCUUUGGGAGGACAGAGCCCGGCGUCCGCCCCUAGACCGCGCUGAGCGACCGAAGCGGCUGGGGGGAAGCGUCGACAGAGCUGCCGGCAGAGAUGGCCGAGAAUUGGAAGAACUGCUUCGAAGAGGAGCUCAUCUGCCCCAUUUGCCUGCACGUCUUUGUGGAGCCGGUCCAGCUGCCCUGCAAGCACAACUUCUGCCGGGGCUGCAUCGGGGAGGCGUGGGCCAAGGAGUCGGGCUUGGUGCGGUGCCCGGAGUGCAACCAGGCCUACAACCAGAAGCCCAACCUGGAGAAGAACCUGAAGCUCACCAACAUCGUGGAGAAGUUCAACUCCCUCAACCUGGAGAAGCCCCCAUCGGUCCUGCACUGCGUCUUCUGCCGGCGGGGCCCGCCGCUGCCCGGGGGGGGGGGCCCGCCGCUGCCCGCCCAGAAGAUCUGUUUGAGGUGCGAGGCUCCGUGCUGCCAGUCCCACGUCCAGACCCACCUGCAGCAGCCCUCCACGGCCCGGGGGCAUCUCCUGGUGGAGGCAGAGGACGUGCGGGCCUGGAGCUGCCCCCAGCACAACGCCUACCGCCUGUACCACUGCGAGGCCGAGCAGGUGGCCGUCUGCCAGUUCUGCUGCUACUACAGCGGGGCCCACCAGGGACACUCGGUCUGCGACGUGGAGAUCCGCCGCAAUGAGAUCCGGAAGAUGCUGAUGAAGCAGCAGGACCGCCUGGAGGAGCGGGAGCAGGACAUCGAGGAGCAGCUCUACAAGCUGGAAUCGGACAAGCGGCUGGUCGAGGAGAAGGUGAGCCAGCUGAAGGACGAGGUGCGCCUGCAGUACGAGAAGAUGCACCAGAUCUUGGAUGAGGACCUGCGGAAGACCAUGGAGAUCCUGGACAAGGCCCAGGCCAAGUUCUGCAACGAGAAUGCGGCCCAGGUUCUGCACCUCAAUGAGCGCAUGCAGGAGGCCAAGAAGCUCCUCAGCUCUGUCCAGGUCAUGUUCGACAAAACUGAGGACAUCAACUUCAUGAAGAACACCAAGUCUGUGAAAAUCUUAAUGGACAGGACUCAGAACUGUACAGGUGGCAGCCUGCCCCCACCCAAAAUCGGCCACCUCAACUCCAAACUCUUCCUGAACGAGAUUGCCAAGAAGGAGAAGCAGCUGAGGAAGUUGCUGGAAGGUCCUCUGAGCACCCCCGUCCCCUUCCUGCAGAGCAUCCCCAUGUACCCCUGCACCGUCAGCAACUCCGGCGCGGAGAAGCGCAAGCACUCCACCGCCUUUCCCGAGGGCAGCUUCCUCGAGCCAUCGUCCGGGACUGUGGCGAGCCAGUACAUGAGCCAGGGCGCUUCGGCCGGCGAGGGGCAGUCCGCACAAGCCAUGGUGCCUUGUAGCUCCACGCAGCACAUAGUUGGACUUCCCAGCGGCCCGCAGCCGGUGCACUCGGGCUCCGUCUUCAACCCAUCUCACUACCCCAACACCACGUCAUCUCAGCAGUCCGUGCUCUCCCAGUACGGCGGGCGCAAAAUCCUCGUCUGCUCCGUGGAUAACUGUUACUGUUCCUCGGUGUCCAACCACAGCGGGCACCAGCCCUACCCGCGCUCGGGGCACUUCCCCUGGACAGUGUCGUCGCAGGAGUACUCCCACCCGCUGCCGCCCGCCCCCGCCGUGCCCCAGUCGCUCCCGGGACUUGCCGUGAGGGAAUGGAUUGACGCGUCCCAGCAGCACGGGCGGCAGGAUUUCUAUAGGGUCUACGGCCAGCCGUCGGCCAAACACUACGUCACCAGUUAACCGUCACGCUCUGCGAGAGUCCUGCUCGAUGACGUGUUCUGAGAGAAAAGUCUGGUUUGGUUUGGCUUUUCUUUGGUUUUUUUUUCCCCCCCCUCCCCUUUUUAAGUCAAACCUGAUUUUUUCCCUGCCUCACGCCCCUCCAGGAUUUUGGGGAGG